AUGAGCUGCAGCUCCGGCUCCUGCACGGAUCCCUGGAGCCCCAGAGAGCCCUGGAGCCCCGGGGUGGCUGCUUGGGGUUCAGGGGAUCUAGGCAGAGUACAGGGGGUCUUGGCAGAGGUGCAGCAGGAGUUGUUUGGGGUUCAGGGGUGCCAGGCAGGGUGCAGACAGACUGUCUGGAAUGCAGAGGGGCUUGUUGGGGUGCAGAGGACUUGGCUGGGGUACACGUGGCCUGAUUGGGGUUCAGGAGGUCCAGGCAGGGUGCAGGGGCUCUGGCUGUGGUUCAGGGUGGCCAAGCAGGCUGCAGGGAGCCAGGCUGGGAUCCAGGAUUCCCAGACCGGGCACCGCUGGGAGCCCAACGUUGCGGCGCGGGGCAGGUUUGACCUGACGACGCUGCCGGUGGAUUUCGUGGAGUGCCUGAUGCGGUUCCUGCCCACGGAGGCGGAGGCGAAGGCGCUGCGUCAGUACGAGCGCGAGCGGAAGCCGCUGGAGGAGCUGGCGGACGAGGACCGGUUCAUGCUGCAGUUCAGCAAGGUGGAGCGGCUGCCGCAGCGCAUGGCCAUCAUGGCCUUCCUCGGCAACUUCGCCGAGAACAUCCAGAUGCUGACGCCGCAGCUCAAUGCCAUCAUCGCGGCCUCGGCCUCUGUGAAAUCGUCCCAGAAGCUGAAGCACAUGUUGGAGAUCAUCUUGGCACUUGGCAACUACAUGAACAGCAGCAAACGUGGUGCAGUCUAUGGCUUCAAAUUGCAGAGCCUGGACCUGCUCCUGGACACCAAGUCAACAGACAGGAAGAUGACGCUGCUGCACUUCAUCGCUCUGACGGUGCGGGAGAAGUACCCAGAGCUGGCGACCUUCUGGCAGGAGCUGCACUUUGUGGAGAAGGCUGCAGCAGUGUCCCUGGAGAACGUGCUGCUGGAUGUGAAGGAGCUGGGCCGGGGGAUGGAGCUGCUGCGGAGGGAGUGUGGGCAGCACGAGAGCGCGGUGCUGCGCGGCUUCCUGGGCGGCAGCGAGGGGCAGCUCGAGCGGCUGCAGCGCGAUGCGCGCACGGCCGAGGACGCCUACAACACCGUGGUGCGGUAUUUCGGCGAGAGCCCCAAGACGACCCCCCCGUCCGUCUUCUUCCCGGUCUUUGUCCGAUUCAUCCACUCGUACAAGGAUGCGGAGCAGGAAAACGAGACGCGGAAGAAGCAGGAGGAGGUGAUGCGGGAGAAGCUGCUGGCACAGGAGGCUAAAAAGCAGGAGAAGCGGAACAAGUGGCAGCAGCAGGAGCUGAUCGCAGAGCUGCGGCGGCGCCAGGCCAAGGACCACCGGCCCAUGUACGAGGGCAAGGACGGCACCAUUGAGGACAUCAUCACCGCGCUGAAGAGCGUCCCCUUCACUGCCCGCACGGCCAAGCGGGGCUCCCGCUUCUUCUGCGACCCGUCCCACCACGACGAGUCCAGCUGUUAAACCCCAGCCCGAAGGUGGAUCCGCCUGUAGCUGAGCGAGGCUGAGGAGCCCGACUGGGGGGCAGGGGAGGACUGGGGCUGCCUCAGUUUCCCCUCACCCCCCUCUGCCCCCCUGGUGCCCAGAGAGGCUCCGUCCUGUCCUGACACAAUGUGGGAACAGGGCCAAAAUGUCCUCGUGCCACCAUCCUCACGGGUGACAUCCCUGUGCCCGGGGAGACCCUGCACCCAGACCACCCCCUGCUCACCCAAGGCAGAGGCCAAAUCCAUCUGUGGUGGGGCCCCAGCAUCAGGAGCUGACCCGUGGGGUGCCCCCUCCCAGUCGGGGUCCCCUUGUCCCAGGGGGGGCUCACUGCCUCAGAGCCCCCACCCCCACUACAGGGACCAGAGGGACCCCUCCACCCCGCGCUCGACACUUUGACCACUGAUGUGAACACUAAGUGCCAAAAAAAAAGGGACCAAAGCCAGGCUGGGGGGC